AUGUAUCAAACAUAUCAUUACGCUGGUAGAAACUAUAUGCAAUUUUCAUAAAACCCUGUUUAGAAUAAAAAGCAAGAUAUUUAAAAUGGAUAUUCUGAAUAGUGCUUAAAACAAAUUGAGUAAUGCUAAUGUUGCUCAUUCUAUAUUUUUGAUAUUGAUGAGCCAGGCUCUUUGAUAGAUCCAUAAAAUUAGAUUUUUUUGAUAGGUUAGAAUAAGAGUGUUAAAUAAACCAAUGGCGAAUCAAAUUUGCUUUAUUUAAAGGCACGCUUUAUAAGAGUUAUAGGAGUAAUUGAGAAAGAUAUUUAUCAGAUUUUAAACUUAUUAGUAAUUAAUGAGGAAGGAGAAUUAUAAGUUUUAAAUCUAAUUCUUUAUACAUAAUAAGUCCCUGAUGUAAGUUUUGAUUUCAUAUCAUAGAAUCUAUAGCCUGAUUAAGUAUAUGCUUUUGAAAUAUAAUUGAUUGAAAUGGCUGACAUUUUUGAAUUUAAGUAAUAUUCACAGGCAAAGACUAUAAAAGGAGCUCCAAGGCUUAUUCAUAUGCAUUAAAAUUAAACUUUGAAAUCAGACUAGAUAAAGUCUUAUCCAAACUUGCAGUUAUCUAAUUUACAUGAAAUAUAAUAUGAUUUAAAAAGACACAUUGUACAUAAAGUCUAUAACAUUUUAGGCGUUUUGAAAUAUUAUUCUAUUCAAAAGUUGGAUAAUUUUUAAUAUCCUGAAUAAAACUGUUUUGCAUAUUUGCAUUUAGUUGAUAGAAAUUCAUAGUCUUUCAAAGCUAAAGUAUGGGGAAAUUCUGAUGAAUUUAGUUAAUUAAAAGCUAAGUAAGUUAUACUCCUAAUGAAUUACAAAAUAGAUUAUCAAAAUAUUUAGAAUUAGCUUUCAACUUAGAGUUAAAUUUCUGCCUCUUUUGCUGAAUAAUAAGCUGAAAUUCAAUUAUAAAGUAUAGGUUUUUCUAGAUAUGAGAUAAAUCCUGUGUUUAUCAGCCCAAGUGAUCUAAAUCAAUUAGAAUUUGUAAGAGAUCAGAUAUUCUUUUCUACUAUCAACGAACUGAAUUACAUGAAGGGAUUUUUUGACGAGAUAGUUCUUACUGAAAUGUUAAUUGAAGUUGCUUAUCUUAAUGAAUAUCCCUUAAGAAUUACAUUUCAAGAUGUAAAUUACUAAACUAUUUCAACAGUAGUAGAAAACAAAGAUCUAGAAGAUAGUUUAAGGAAGGAAAACCUUGAUGAAUAUUCAAGCUGCUAUUUUAAUCUUUACAUUCGUCCAAAGUUAAGCUUUGAAGCUAAUGGCUAAUAAAAUGUAGUAUUAUACCUUAGAGAUUUAAAUUGA